UUAAAAAUAUUUUACGGAAGAGAGAAGAUACACAACAGUCCGUGAGCCAGCCUGUGAAAAAUUCCCGGUGAUAUCUAUGAUUUCUGAAGUUACGAGGGAAAGGAAUACAAUUUAGUUGAUAUUUACCAAAAUAUUUGUCGGUGCCUGGGCCCGGAAUACACAGCUAUGGCAGGUGUAAAUGUUCCUCCGGGAUUCCAUGUAGUGGAAAUGAACAGAGUUGGUUGGAUUAUUCCCACCAGGUACCAAAUUAUGCAGGCCAUUGGUACUGGGGCGUAUGGUAGUGUUUGCUCAGCGACUGAUAGAGAAACGCAAAAACAAGUUGCUAUUAAGAAGCUGGCACGGCCAUUCCAAUCUACAAUUCACGCAAAGAGGACAUAUAGAGAACUGAGGCUGCUGAAACAUAUGAAACAUGAAAAUGUUAUUGGACUCUUGAAUGUUUUCACACCAGACCAGUCCCUGGAGACGUUUCAAGAAGUUUACAUGGUAACACAUUUAAUGGGGGCGGACCUCAACAAUAUUGUCCGCACGCAGAAACUGACUGAUGAACAUGUACAGUUCCUUAUUUACCAAGUUAUACGUGGUUUAAAGUAUGUACAUUCAGCUGGCAUAAUUCACAGAGACUUAAAGCCCAGUAAUAUCGCAGUAAAUGAAGACUGUGAACUGAAGAUUCUUGAUUUUGGUUUGGCACGUGCUCUUGAUGAUCAAAUGACGGGCUACGUUGCGACACGUUGGUACAGGGCACCGGAAAUUAUGUUCAACUGGAUGCAAUACACAAAAGCAGUUGAUAUAUGGUCUGUUGGUUGCAUUAUGGCUGAGUUGUUGACAGGCAAAACAUUAUUCCCUGGAACAGAUCAUAUAGACCAACUUACAAGAAUCAUGAACGUCGUGGGAACGCCUUCACAGCAGUUCAUUAAAAAGAUUAAAAGUGAAGAGGCCAAAAGCUACGUCAGUACGUUAGAACAGACAGAGAAAAAGGACUUUAAAAAGUACUUCCUUGGAGCAAACCCAUUGGCGAUUGACCUACUGGAGCAGAUGUUACUGAUGGAUUCUGACGAGAGAAUUACAGCUGCUGCCGCGCUCAAACAUGAUUACUUUGAACAGUACCAUGAUCCUAAUGAUGAGCCAGAUGGCGAGCCGUACGAUGGGGACUUUGAAGAGAUGAAUCUCCGAGUAGAUGAAUGGAAAGAUAAAGUUUAUGAAUUGGUACUCGAAGGGGAACCACAGGAAGCCAUGGUGCAUGACUGAAAAUUGCUGUACCUGUUUGGGGGCGCUAUUUAGAAUUCACCCCAUGUGAAUUUUAGUAACUUGGUAACUGCCAUACUUUCUAAUUGAAUCGUCGUUUUUCUAUCAAUGGAAUUGUGUUAAAAAUAGCACUGUUUUUGUGGUUACUGGACUGUUCCUGUUGAUCUUGUGGCACCAAAGGUGAUGAUGAUAUCUUAUGAGAUUUAUUCAAAAUUGCCUAUUAGAGAAUAGUAAAGCCCAAUAAACUAAAGUGGGUAAAAAGUUAAACGUAUGGAAGGUUGUGUGAUAUCUGUAGGUGUGCUGCCCUCUAUGUUGCCUGCUGGACUAAAGACAAUAAUGAUAAUGCUACAUGACCCUUUUCAGAAUGAUGUCAAAACUUGCCCCGCUCUCUAGAUUUAGAUUAGAACUUUAAAAUGCCUACCACCAUCCUUGUAUGUGCAUUGUUCUUUAUUGACUUGAAAAAUGAAGUAGCCACAGAGAAGUUUUAGCCAUUACAUUUUUUUUUUUAUACAAAAAAGAUUGUAAUUAUAAUCCAACACAUUCACUUGUUUUCUGGUAUGAAAAUAACCCAUGAUGGCAAAGUGUUAUGAAAGAAAAGAGGUAGUUUUUGCAGCACGACGUUAACCUUAACUUUAACGUUGGUACCCAGCAUGCAACGCAAUAGCUCCGGCCCUUUUGUAGACAAAUCGAAAUAAGCAUACGCAAACCCGUAACUAACGUACAUUGAGCAUGUGAAAUCCUGAAAUUAAUGUAUUCUGCAACGCAAGAUGAAUAAAUUAUGCCGUUAGCGUUAAGGUUAACGUCGUGCACCGAAAACUACCUAAUAUUCACUUAGUUUCAUUUGUAAAUAGGUAAUUAUGGUGAUGUUGUUAGAGCACCUCCCAUAGAUUUUGUUGAUGCAUGGUUUAUGUACACAAAUUCAACAUGCUGUUUUGAAUUGCUAUUACAGUCCUGCUGGCAAACAUGAAGUUUACAGUACUGAUAAUUCUUUUAUGAU